UUGUGAAAUUUUGGAAAGCCCUAGCCUUCUUCACGUUUCUUUCCUCUCUCCCCUCCCUCUAUUUUGCCGUGAAGAGUGACCACCGCCAACCUUCCCUUUGCAUAUCACUUCAGUCGACCAGCAUUACAACUACGACCAACGUUUUUCGGCGACGCUACGUUGACAACUGCGUGCAAAUACCAGCGGCAUCUCCCUCCCUCGCGUGUCCUCCUCGACGAACACAAGAACCUCGACGUCUCCCACGCGCCAGCCGACCAACAACAGAGAACACCAACGGCUCCGACGACGUAUAGACCAGCGACGGCACGUCCCUUCCUCCACGAACGACGAUUGUUCCAACUAUUCGACGUUCAUCUUCAACUUCGGCCAGACUCACGAUUUCAGCACUCCCCGUAGUGUUUAGCGGCGUUUUCCUUCCUCUCGGAUUAAGCGAUUUCGAUCACCGGCCAGCAAGGAUUCGAGUUCUUUUGGAUUGGGAGUGGUUUCGGAACUCUUCGAACACGUUCCAGCAAGAGCUCCAGUCUUUUGACUUGAUUCAAAGUGUUCGGAUUGAAGUCUAAGGUCGCAUUAGAUUUUGUAGGUAAGGACGAGCAUUAUGUCCUUGGUGAUGCUGAGGAGGGAGCUUGAGAAAGAUCGACAGUUAGACUUACGACAUUGUCUUUCCCUUAUUAGUAUUUUGGCCAUUUGAAUAUUUGGAAUUUGAAACUUUGUUUUAACUUAAGUUGGUUUUCAGUUAGUUAUUUGAGUUGAAGUUUGUUUUGAAUGUUGUUUGGAAGUGUGUUUCUUGAACAGGUCACAACAGAAAUUUUGGUUUUGUUGUGUUAGCAUGGUUAUGUUGCCGAAAUUUUUCCAAAGCAUAAGAGUUUGUAAAAAUAUGUGCUGGAACAAGUUAGUUAGAAGAAACCCUGCCAAUAAUGUCUUUGGAUUGAAGACUCGAUGGAAAAACUUCUGCACUGAUUCAGCUGCUAAAGUUUCUGGCUCAAAUGGAAACCAUAGCUAUGUACAAGGGCAGAAGCCAGGUUCCACAGAUGACUUUCCUCAACAUGACAUUGCUAUAGUUGGAGGUGGCAUGGUAGGCAUGGCCUUAGCUUGCUCCUUAGCAAGCAUGCCAUUGACUAAGCAGUUGUCUAUAGCCAUUAUUGACAGCAAUCCAGCUUUAAAGGGUGGAGCCAGCAUUAAGAAAGAUGGUCCUCCCGAUCCAAGAGUGAGCACAGUGACUCCUGCAACUAUAUCUUUUUUCAAAGACAUUGAUGCAUGGAAAUAUGUUGAACAACAACGACACGCAUACUUUGACAAGAUGCAGGUUUGGGACUAUACAGGUUUAGGUUACACAAAGUACCAUGCAAGAGAUGUAAAUAAAGAAAUUUUAGGCUGCGUGGUGGAAAACAAAGUGCUUCAAAGUUCCUUGUUAUCACGCAUACAGUGUACAGAUGCUCAACCAACAAUAUACUCUUCCAGAUUAACCACAAUGAACUUACGCCCAAGUGGUUCACCAACAGUGUCAGCUAACAUGUCUUCUAAGACAACAUCGAACGAACCAGGUCAUUUAGCAAAAUUGGACCUGAGUGAUGGCAGCACUUUAUAUGCAAAGUUGGUGGUUGGUGCAGAUGGCUCCAGGUCACUUGUUAGACAGUUAGCUGGGUUUAAAACAACUGGAUGGAAUUACUCCCAGAAUGCAGUUAUCUGUACAGUGGAGCACACACAGGAAAACCGUUGUGCAUGGCAACGGUUUCUGCCUUCUGGACCAAUUGCACUUCUACCAAUUGGGGAUAAUUAUAGUAAUAUAGUUUGGACUAUGAACCCAAAAGAGGCCACAGACCGUAAGUCAAUGGAUCAGGAUGAUUUUGUGAAGGAUGUAAAUUCUGCUUUGGAUUGUGGUUAUGGUCCUCCUCCAAAGUCCAGCAUAUUUGGAAGUCGAGAUUUUUUUUCAUGGCUGAAACCAGAUGUCACUGUAUCAGUAGAUGAAGGAUUCGAAGUGCCUCCAAAGGUGGUCAAGUUGGCAUCUGAAAGAAUGGUCUUCCCAUUGUCUUUGAAUCACGCCAAGAACUAUGCUUCAAAGCGUGUGGUUUUGAUUGGUGAUGCAGCACACACUGUUCAUCCUUUGGCUGGUCAAGGUGUUAAUUUAGGUUUUGGAGAUGCAUUGUCACUUUCUAAAGUAAUUGCUGAAGGACUUGCGCUUGGAACCGACAUUGGCGAGGUGACAUUGAUGAAGAAAUAUGAAGCAGAGAGGAAACCUGCUAAUAUUGCUAUGAUGGCUAUUCUGGAUGGCUUUCAGAAGGCUUAUUCUGUGGAUUUUGGACCUUUCAACAUCUUGCGUGCUGCUGCUUUUCAUGGGGCUAACUAUAUUUCUCCUCUUAAAAAGAGUAUUAUUUCAUAUGCCUCUGGAGAUCAGAGGUUGCCUCUCUUCACUUGAGGGUAAAUGAAAAAAAAUGAAAGAAAGAUGAAUGGAAAUUUUGUACAUAGCAAGAUAUAAGUUCUUAUGUCCAUCCAGAUGAAUUAGUUCUUUUUUUUCCUUUUAUUUUUUUCCGUAAUGCUUUGGAAUAAAACUUGUUCUUUGUAGAGAUAUUUCUUAUAUGUUUGCAUCA